AUAUAUUGUGAGAGCUAUAUUACAGAACGACGGGUCCAACUUUGUCCUUUUUGAAAGUAGGAAGAAUAAGGGAGUUUGUGGUAAGCGAGCAAACUACCGGAUUCUGCCCAGCAAUUCGUAUUUAAAGGAACUAAAACAAUAUCCCAUACAAGAAAAUGUCAAGGGGAAAGGAAAGCGAUGGUGGGUGGAAGAAGUUUGUCUGGGAUUCGGAAAAGAAGGAGUUUUUGGGACGGACAGGCAGCAGUUGGUUGAAGAUCUUGGCGUUCUACGUGGUCUUCUAUGGAUUCCUGGCAGGUAUCUUCAUCGGAACUAUUCAGGUCCUUCUCCUAACCACCAGUAGCUACAAGCCCACGUACCAGGACAGAGUUGCACCCCCAGGUUUAACGCACACCCCCAAAACAUUGAAGACUGAAAUUGAGUUCACCCAGGAUGAUCCUAAAACCUAUGAGGAAUAUGUAAAUGCCAUGGAUAAGUUCCUGGUAAAAUACAAUCAAGAAAGUCAAAAGGAUGGAUUACUGUUUGAGGACUGUGGAGUUGAGCCUACUGGUCCUAUUAUGCGAGGAAGUUUGGACCAAUCUGAUGGCGGUAAGAGGGUCUGUCGCUUUCACCGUGAAUGGCUUGGCAAUUGCUCUGGUCUUCAAGAUAAAACAUACGGCUAUUCAGAGGGCAAGCCUUGCUUCAUUGUAAAGAUUAACAGAAUCGUGAGCUACUUACCACAGCCUCCACUGAAAAAUGACAGUAUCCCACCUGAAGCACAUGAAAGAGUACAGCCAUACCUGAUCCCCAUCCAUUGUGCUGCCAAGAAAGAGGAAGAUAAAGACAAGCUCGGACAAGUCAACUAUUAUGGCAUGGCCAACACUGGAGGCUUCCCACUACAGUACUACCCCUAUUACGGAAAGCUGCUGCAACCCCAGUACCUCCAGCCCCUUGUGGCAGUUCAGUUUACCAACCUCACAGUUGGCAGUGAGCUGCGUAUAGAGUGCAAGGCUUAUGGCGAGAACAUUAAAUACAAUGAGAAGGACCGCUACCAAGGACGUUUUGAAGUGAAAGUUCUGGUCAAAGUCCGAUGAUUGCAACAAGCUGUACCUUCCCUGCCUCAUUUCAAAACA